UACGUUCGUUACCUUCCCCGCGUUUGACGGGGCUGGAAAGUCCCUUUCAAAUGGUCUUCAGUCUGAAGAUGAGAAUCCGUUUUUAGAGCAUUAAUAACUAUUAGGUGUUUAGCAUUAUUACGUUCAACCUGCACACAGGCGUUGUGAGAGUUCUAGCUAGCAAACAACCGCUAAAUCACUUCAGUUUGAGGGUGUACAUUGGCUAGGUGGCCAGCCAGGCUCUUUGUGUAGGGAUGUUUUGUUUUUGUUGAACAUCACAGCUCUCGUAGCUUGUUAGAUCAUUUGCAAUGUGUUGAAGCCCAUAAUAUUGAUAGCAUACGGUGCGAAUUUUGACUGAAAGGUUAGAAAAAGUAGCCUGUGGACGUUGCAAAGCGACAAAGAUAUAAGGAGUUUGACGUCGAGGAGAUGGGGAAUUGUCUAAAAUCUCCAACCUCGGAUGAUAUUUCCUUGCUUCAUGAAUCACUAUCGGAUAGAGCUAGUUAUGGUGAUGGGGCAGAUCCAGAUCAGGAACCACCGCCACCAUACCAGGAGCAGCCCUAUGUGCCAGUGUACCACCCCACGCCCAGUCAGGCCCGCCUGGCCAGCCAGCUAACAGAGGAGGAGCAGGUCCGCAUUGCCCAACGCAUUGGCCUCAUACACCACCUCCCCAAGGGAGUGUACGACGCUAGCAGGGACGGCUCCGAGAAGAAAAUCAGAGAGUGUGUGAUUUGCAUGAUGGACUUUGUGUAUGGAGACCCCAUCCGGUUCCUGCCCUGCAUGCACAUCUACCACAUGGACUGUAUAGAUGACUGGCUGAUGCGCUCCUUCACCUGCCCCUCCUGCAUGGAGCCAGUGGAUGCUGCGCUGCUCUCCUCCUACGAGACCAACUGAGACACAACAGCACCACCGCUACCACCCCUGCACACUAUUUUGACUUACUCCCACAUUCCACCUAUGCGGCCCCCUCCAGCAUCCCCAUAACCCACAGACAGCACCUCCAACAUGGGGGAGGGUCACAGCCUCUGGGAGCAGUUGAGGGCUGUGUGGUGGUGUUGAAGGGUGCUGUGGAGGCGAUGGAUGGCUAACACAGAGAGGGGGCCUCUACCUUCUGGCCUGGCCUGCUGGACAGGAAAGCACAGGCUGGGGGAGGACUGUGGAUACUUGUGACCAAGACUGUCUCUUACUGUCAUAUAUCACCCUCUGUCCACAGCCAACAUUUUUAACGCAUUAAAACUCUCUAGAAAUACAGAUAUAUGCAAAGAUCUCUUGCAAGGAGGUGAUUCACUGGCUUUCCUCUCCUAAACAUUGUGUUCAAGCUGGAAGCUCUGUUCUACCAGUCCUCUUAAGGGCUCAUUGGAUUAGUUUUACUAAUACAGAGGAGCAAACUAUUAAUGCACAUGUACACAAAUCAGAAGUCAAAAACUGAUCAUAUUGGUCUGCUAGGGGUUGGUCGCAAGGUGUGUUCGAUCAAAAUACUCUUGUUUAGCACAGUCUUUCUAGACUGCACAUCACGUUUCAUACCAGAGAUAUUCAACCUUCAUUUCACCCCAUUCAGAACAAGUGUCAGUCAUAUUACCAAGACCAUAUGAUUUAUCAUAAUUAGGCCCCUGUGUUUUGGUUAAUCAUGUCACAUGACCUGGAUUUUAACCUUUUCUUUUUAGCCUUUUCCAGAAUUUAGAUUCAAAAUGAAAGCAAUUGUCUAAGGAUGGAGCUGAUGCAUCUGACAUAAAAAGUUUGAUGAAAAAGCUUUAAAUAAUGGUUGAAAUCCAGGUCAUGUGACAUGAUGAACCAAAACACAGGGCCCUAGUUCAUAAUGCAUACACACAAGUCAUUCAGUUAAUUUCAAUGAAUUAAGUUACAUGCCCUAGUGUUUAUUUAUUAGUUCAACAUAUGAAUCAUCAGGUUGUUGUGCAAGGGGUUUGGAAAUGAGUGUGCUAACCACCCCAAACCUUUAGAUUUGUGUGUUCGUCUGCAUCUGUCUGAGCACGUGUGUUUCCUCAUCCUACUUGUAAAUAAUGUUGUUUUUCCAAGAUCCUGAUUUUCAUACUUAAACAUAGAAAAAAUCUCUAAUGUAUUAUGAUAACAUGCUAGAACCUUUUAACAACUAUUCAAUCAGCACAGUUCGCUCUAACCAAUAGUUAAUAAAUAAUGGGUGUGGUUUUGGUCAUGUUAUGUUGCUGUAUUUUGACUGGCUCGAAUUAAAUGCAAAUGUUUAUUUCCAUUUUAUUUUAAA